GGUUAUCAUCAUACUGUUGCUCUUUCAAAACAAUUGAUUAUCUUUUGUUUUAAAGAAAUUCGACGAGUGACAAACUGUAAUUUGGCCUGAUAAAAAAUAAUCUGCUUAAUAAAGCCUUUAAACUUGAAAUGAAAUAAACAUUUUUCUAUAGGUCUUCAAUCUUUUAAGGUUACAUAAAAGUGACGUUUUUGGUAACAACCGGAUUGAUUGCACAAGACCAUGGCCCCAUAGAUUGUUAGGUUUCAUCUUUCUUGACAUUAAAGCUGCAAACUAAGAUCCAGGAAAAUGGCUUUCAUGCUCCAAUUGCGCAUGCUUAUGUGGAAAAACUUCCUUCUUAGAAAGCGUCAAAAGUUCAGACUCCUGGUUGAGCUGGUAUGGCCGUUAUUUUUAUUCCUCAUUCUUAUGUGGGUGCGCAGACGAGGACUUCGAGUUAACAUUCAAGAAUGCCAUUUCACACCAAAAGCGAUGCCGUCGGUCGGUCAGCUACCUUUUCUGCAGAGUUUCUUAUGUUCCUUUAACAACACCUGCUACAAGUCAGAUGAGGAUGCUCAGAUUGACGCCUCUAAUCUGCGAAGUGCCAGGUUGCCACAGUUGGUUGACGAGUACGCACAGCUGUUUGAGAGCAGGAUGGACCAGGAAGUAGCCAUUAAUGUGGUGAAAGACCUGGACAGGUUAUCUAACUUGGUGCAAAAUGUUGCUUCUCGCAGAGUGCAGCCUACAGGUACCACAUCAAACUGUUGA